AUGUCUGGAUACUCCUCUGCUGGAGACAAAGUGAAGUACGCCAAGGGUCACCUUCUGGCUUCGCUUUCAAUACUGCACGACGCAGGUGAAAUUGAUGGAGAGCGGUACGCUGCGAUCCUGAGCCUCCUCAAUCACGAUGAGGACCUCCAUCCCACUGGUAGCACAGCCAGCAGUACUGCAGUCAAUAGCCCGGCAAAGCAGCGCUGUACUCCUGGUAGCAGUAUCGCCGGUUCUGUCGAGUCCUCCAAGCUGGACAAGAAUAAUGCCCAGCUCGAGAAUCGAGAGUAUUCGCCACUGAUUUGGCCCGGAUAUGAGAUUGCCACUUCGACGUCGACCCGCGAGAGAACACUGAGCGAUAUUCCGGCACUGACGCCUACACGUCUCUAUGAGCAGUCGCCCGAGCAUGAGCAGCGUUCCAGUUCCAGCUCUGCAAAAGCCAAGACACUGCAGUCGGCUAAUUCUUUGCCAUUGAGUACCAAGGGGACCCCCGAGUCGAGCCCUCGCAGCAGCCAUGCCCUCAGCCUCGCCCUUCACGCGCACAUCUCGCCUUCUGAGGGCAUCGGCGGCAGCGUCUUGAGCAGCGCCCCAAGCACCAUCCGCCGCAGCCAUGCUCAGACGAAUCUGCGCUACUCGAUGACCGUGGCACAGGAGGACCCUUCUACUCCUGUUCAUCAGCAAGAUGCCCACGCGCCCUCGCCGACCCCCGCGAAGCACAUUGACUCCACGCCCCGCGUGCGAGAGCAGUAUUCGGACUUCCCGAAGCUCAUCGCUAUCAGCGACACCAGCGAGGGCCGGUACGACCAGCAGGCCGACUACCGCGCCAUCCAGUACGAGCACGCUGCUACGGCACAGAAUGACGUCUUUUACGACCCUCCGCCUACCGCCACCAGCAUGACCUCCAGCAUCGCCACGUCGAUCAUGUCUUGGAACCAGGCGGAGAUCCAAGCCCGCCAGGCGGCCAAGGCAGAGGACCAGGCCUCGCGCAGCAACACCUCCAUUCAUAACCAGCACCAGCACCACCAGCAUGGCUCGCUGCCGCCGCGCCAGCAGGAGCGGCAGCAGGAGGAGGCCGAGGGUCCCGCUGCAGCAUCGACCUGGACCUCAGGCCCGGUGCGCGAGUCCCGCCCCCACAACAAGCUGCACCGCUCGCCCGCGGGCCACCAACGCCGCACGCCGUCGCCGGAGAGCCGGAGCGCGAUGCUGUGGCCGCGAUGGCCGUACCUGCCGCGGCCGCGGGCGGCGGAGCGGGCCAAGGUGGUGUGCCCGUUCUGGGUGGCGCGGCUGCCGUGCCGGUUCAGCGUGUGCCCGCUGCAGCACUGCUACCCGCCGGGCGCCAUCGUGCAGCGCCUAAUCUGCCCGGACUGGCUGGGCGUGCCCGGCCGGCGCGCCGGCGCGGGCUGCCGCUUCGCCUGGGACGAGUGCGAGUGGGCGCACUUUGACUGCCUGCACGGCCAGUGGGCCAAGGUGGACGUCGUGGAGAGGUUGAAGGAGCGCGCCAAGGAGAAGAGGGAUGUGGAUCGUCUCUGA